GCGCUGACGCCUCCGCCCUUGCUGCGGGGAAGUGCGCAGCUCGCACCCUGGAUUGCAGGAUUGCAACCAUCUCCCGUUCGGUAACUGCAAGUUGGACAUAUUCAUCUGGAUGACCUGUGAAGUUACUGAAUUUGUUGGAGACUGUGAAUAGUGCAGGGGAGCGGAAUAGGAUGGCUGAAGAAUAGGAUGGCUGAACGGGGAUACUGUAAAACUACACCUCCCAGGACGCCUUGCGGCCUCCGGCGUGCGCCACCGCGCCGCGAGUGACCUUACGGAGACUACAACUCCCAGGGCACUCUGCGGGUACUGCGCAUGUGCAGGUACCGCCGUCUUCCCCCUCCUCGGCUGCCGAGCGGACGGCGUACGCGGUCAAGAUGGCGCUCACCAGUUUUUUGCCAGCUCCAACCCAGCUUUCCCAAGAUCAGCUAGAACUAGAAGAGAGAGCAAGAGCUCAGAGAUCCAGGCAGGCUGCUCUGGUCUCCUCGAGAAGGGAACCUCCCCCAUAUGGUUACCGGAAGGGAUGGAUACCACGCGUGCUAGAGGAUUUUGGAGAUGGGGGUGCUUUCCCAGAAAUUCAUGUGGCCCAAUACCCAUUGGAUAUGGGCCGAAAGAAGAAAAUGUCCAAUGCUUUGGCUGUUCAGGUGGAUGCAGAAGGAAAAAUAAAAUACGAUGCAAUUGCUCGACAAGGACAGUCAAAAGACAAGGUUAUUUACAGCAAGUACACAGAUCUUGUGCCAAAAGAGGUCAUGAAUGUGGAUGAUCCUGAACUGCAAAGACCAGAUGAGGAGGCAAUUAGAGAGAUAACAGAGAAGACAAGAGCAGCCUUGGAGAAAUCAGUCUCCCAAAAAGUUGCAGCAGCCAUGCCAGUUCGAGCUGCUGACAAACUAGCUCCUGCACAGUACAUUCGGUACACACCAUCUCAGCAAGGAGUUGCAUUCAACUCUGGAGCAAAACAGAGAGUUAUUCGGAUGGUGGAAAUGCAGAAGGACCCUAUGGAGCCUCCAAGAUUCAAAAUUAAUAAGAAGAUUCCACGAGGACCACCAUCUCCUCCAGCACCUGUAAUGCACUCUCCAAGUAGAAAGAUGACUGUGAAAGAGCAGCAAGAGUGGAAAAUUCCUCCAUGCAUUUCAAACUGGAAAAAUGCAAAGGGUUACACCAUUCCAUUAGAUAAACGUCUGGCUGCAGAUGGCAGAGGAUUGCAGACUGUUCAUAUAAAUGAAAACUUUGCCAAACUUGCUGAGGCGCUUUAUAUUGCUGACAGAAAGGCUCGUGAGGCAGUAGAGAUGCGUGCCCAGGUGGAGAGAAAGAUGGCUCAGAAAGAAAAAGAGAAGCAUGAGGAAAAGCUCCGAGAAAUGGCUCAGAAAGCCAGGGAGAGAAGAGCAGGGAUCAAAACCCAUGUUGAAAAAGAGGAUGGAGAAGCUAGGGAAAGAGACGAAAUCAGACAUGACAGGCGCAAAGAGAGACAGCAUGACAGAAAUCUUUCCCGGGCAGCUCCUGAUAAAAGGUCAAAGCUGCAAAGAAAUGAGAACAGAGAUAUCAGUGAAGUUAUUGCCCUGGGGGUACCAAACCCCAGGCCAUCCAAUGAAAUCCAGUAUGACCAGAGGCUAUUCAACCAGAGCAAGGGUAUGGACAGUGGCUUUGCUGGAGGAGAGGAUGAAAUUUAUAAUGUUUAUGACCAGCCUUGGAGAAGUGGCAAGGAUAUGGCCCAAAACAUCUACAGGCCAAGUAAAAAUCUGGAUAAGGACAUGUAUGGUGAUGAUCUAGAGGCUCGAAUAAAGACCAACAGGUUUGUUCCUGACAAAGAGUUUUCUAACUCGGAUCGUAACACCAGAGGCAGGGGCAGAGAUGGACCAGUUCAAUUUGAGGAGGAUCCAUUUGGUUUGGACAAGUUUCUGGAAGAAGCCAAGCAACAUGGUGGUUCUAAACGGCCAUCAGACAGCAGCCGCCCUAAGGAACAUGAGCAUGAGAGCAAGAAGAGGAGGAAGGACUGAAUGCCUCUGGUCCUUGAGAGGUAGGGAAACGGACUGCAAGCUUGGACUUCAUGCGAAAGGAUUUUUUAUAUUGGGUGUACAGGAGGAUGGCGUUGUAUCACAGCAGUUCACAACUCUGGCCGUGUGCAUAUAUACACACACUAACUCUUCUAUACAGGACAGCUACCCAAGGAGAGAGAAGACAUGGAGACCACUUUGAAACAUUUCAUAAGGGAAUUAAUUAUUCUUUAGCAAGUUCUCUGACUUUGCUGAUUCCCCAUUGCCCAGCAUCUCAGGGUAAGAAUGUAGCCCCCUUCCUACAGCUUUAGUUUUUGUAGGUAGCUGAAGCUUUGACUUGAUCUGUUAAGAGCUUUCCUGCUGUAUAUAAUGAUUGUCUUAUGCUGUAACAGAUGCUGGGGUGUUAAUAAUUCAGUGUUUUAGUGUGGCUAUACAGUUUAUUUGAACAAGGGAGGGGAAACAGCUGGAUUCUGUUAUAAAACAAGUACUCAUUCAUAGUUUCUCAGUAAUCUUUAUUUUAGUUCCUUUACAUUUAGUGAAAUAAAGCCUUCUUCCACCACUCA